AUAGCAUAUAUCGACGGAUGCACACUUUCGAAACGUUGUAUUUCUUGUCGGAUCGCAAGGGAAUGAUCGUGUCCGCUCUGCUCAGUUGUCAUUUUCUUGAAAUCACUUUAAUUUACUUUUUACAAGAUCACAUUACAAAUACAGCCUUGAACUGCAUUGCGUGGGUGUCGUCAACGAUUAAAAUUGUUUUCACAUGAUUCUGUGUUCUGUAACUUAUCUGUUAUCACGUAACACAUGUCAAAUUCGAAUAUUUAUCAACAUUAUUGGCUCGGCCGAACAGGUUAUCUAGUACACUGCUGUAGAAAGCAACCCCGCCUUCUGGGAGACAAUAAAAUCAGUUUUUCUUAUCAAACUGCCAACGUAAAAUUAUGUAAAUUUAUAUCUUUCAAUUAGAUUUCUAAACGGGGUAAACCUUCCAAAUGCCAGAAAUACGUCAUUAGAAUACUUCUUUUUACAUGAAGUAACUAUGAAAUUUCAUCUUUCUAGUGUUAUAGAUCAGUCGCCUAAAGUACGAUGGAUGGCUUACAUUGCCAACCAAUAAAUGUUAGGUCCCGUUACUGACUGCAACUGCAUAAACAUGAGUACCACACAAAUGAAUGAUGAUAUUUAUGAUGGGUAUAACGAUUAUCCAUCAGUAUAUAGUAUUAAGGAUCUCGAGCAAGAUGAAUUUUUUCAUGAAGCUCUUAGUACAAGUUAUGGAAGGAGAUCACUUUUUACCCCAAAAGUACCUGGAACUGCUAUGCGUUUGGGUACAUCAACUGGUUUUCAUAGGUCUGGUACUAGUGUAUCUGGACGUCCAACUACUAGUGGAAUUCGUCCAAUGACUGCAGUCAGAGGUGCUGGUUAUACCAGUAGCAGUCGUCAAACUUUUGAUCCACUCAAUAUGGGAAAUACUGUUAAAGGAGCUGCACCACCUUUAGAAAGUGGAAAAGAGGAUACACCAGAAGAGAAGAUAAGAGUAGCUGAAAGGAAGAUAAUGGAAUUAAUAGAAAGCUCAGUAGAGGCAGCAUAUGAAAAUAAUAUGAGAAUUGCUCUAGAAAGAGCUAGGGAAGCAUCUUCACGAGAAAGAGCUUUAAUUCGUUUACAAGAACAGGCAGGACUCAGCGACAACCAUAAUGUAGACUUAACAUUUGCUGUUAUUUUUAAUUUAGCGACUCAGUAUACCAAUAAUAAUAUGUUUACCGAAGCCAUUGCUACUUAUCAAGCCAUAACAAGGAAUAGAAUGUUCAGUAACAGUGCUAGGCUUAAAGUGAAUAUGGGAAAUAUAUAUGUUAAAAUGGGACAGUUGUCUCAAGCAAUUAAAAUGUAUAGAAUGGCAUAUGAUCAAGCUCCAGCUGCUCAUAAAGAUUUAAGAAUAAAAAUAAUGCAUAAUAUUGGAAUGUUAUUUGUGCAAAUGGGUCGUUUGGAAGAAGCUGCUAAUAGUUUUGAGUGGGUUAUGAAAGAAAGAGCUGAAUUUAAAGCGGGGUUGCAUGCUGUUUUGUGUCAUUUUGCAUUAUCUCAUAGGGAUAAAAUGAAAAGAGCAUUUUUAGAAUUACUAGAAGUUCAGCUUAACAUAGAUCAGGAGGACAGAUAUAGUAUAAGUACAGAUGAUGUGACUUCUAAUAUAUUAAAUGAGAUUUUAAAAAAUGAUGAUUUAUCUAAAUUAGAAAAAGAAUUGAAAUCAGAAGCUGAAAGAACUAUACUGUACGCGGCUAAAUUAAUAGCACCUGUUAUUGAAGACACACUUACAGCUGGAUUCGCUUGGUGUGUAGAUGCUAUAAAAUCUUCAGCUUAUGGACCUCUGGCCGCUGAUUUGGAGAUAAAUAAAGCUAUGGUGUUCUUACAUAACAGAGAAACACAACUUGCUAUUGAUACCUUAAAAGUAUUUGAAAACCGAGAAAGUAAAGCUAAUAGUGCAGCUGCGACCAUGCUUUCAUUUAUUUACUUUUUACAAGGAGAUUAUGAACAAGCAGAAAGAUGCGGAGAAAUUGCACGAAAUACAGAUAGUUACAAUGCAGCAGCGUAUGUAAAUUUGUCAGCUUGUGCAAUCAGAAAGGGUGAAUUCCAGAUAGCUAGAGAGCUUCUCUUGUGUGCAUUGGAUACAGAUGCCAGUCACGUGCAGGCUCUGUAUAACCUAGGAUUAGUCUAUAAAAAGCAGAGCAUGUAUGAAGAAGCUCUGGAAUGUUUUUGGAAGGUUCGUAAUAUGGUCAGACACGACCCACAAACAUUAUACCAACUUGGACAUUUGCAUCAACUUAUGAACGACGUAGACCAAGCUGCGGAAUGGUACAAUCAAUUACUUGGUAUCAUACCAUCUGAUCCUGGAGUGUUACAAAAAUUAGGCGAAAUGUAUGAUGCUGCUGGUGAUAAACAGCAAGCAUAUCAAUUUUAUAGUGAUUCUUAUAGAUAUUUUCCUGCAAAUUUCGAAGUAAUUGACUGGCUUGGAUCAUACUUUGUAUCAAUGCAGGUAGCUGAGAAAGCAUUGAUAUACUUCAAGAAAGCAGUAGAGUUAGCUCCCGAUGAGCCAAGGUGGAGAUUGCUUGUCGCUGCGUGCUUGAGGCGGACCGGUCAAUUUCACAAAGCUCUACUGGAGUAUCAAGAUAUCCAUGAGAAGUUUCCUGAUAACGUUGAAUGUUUGAAGUUUUUAAUUCGAUUAUGUAGCGAUCUUGGCUUAAAAGAGGCACAAUUGUAUGCAACAGAGUUAAAACGCGUUGAAAAGGCAAAGGAAAUAAAAGAUAGACAAGGUUCAGCAAGGCCAGGUUCAAGAAGAAGUAAUAGCGGGGCAUCAUCACGGACUGGUUCCGGAAUGAGUAUAUUAUCAGAUCAUAGAUCAAGUCCUGUUCUUGGUAGAAAAGAUAAUCAAGGUUUAAGUAGUGCUGGUAUUUCGAGAUCUAAUCGAAUAUCUACAGCUGAGAAUUAUGCAGAAGUAACAGCUGAUUCAAAUGAUCGAACAGGUACUCCAUAUGUAGAUCCAAUAGGUCCUUUACCCACUCGCCCUAUGACAUCCGCUGGAAAAAGGGAUGACGAUUUCGGAGAUGAAGAACUUGGCGAUGACCUUUUACCGGAAUAACGUGAAUAUAUUAUUUCCUUCUUCUAUAUUAGAAUUCUGUAUACUGUACUAUCUUCAUUAAUGUAGUAAAGUCAUAUUACAAUUGAAAUCUAUCUUUAUAACAUUGGGCGCUUAAACGCGUUCCAAUUUUAUAACUAUCAAAUUAUUUUACAAAGAAAUCGAAAUGUAUAGUAUUUUGACACAUUUCUUUGCGCACGAAUAAAUUGAUUAAUACUUUCAAUAUCAAUUAUUAAUUUUACAUUAAUGAACUAUGUUGAAAGUAGCAAUAUUAUCUUUUAACAAGUUUACCGAAGAAAAAGAAAUAUACACUUCUGCACGCGAGUUUCAAUAUAUUCACGAAGUGUAGACGUAAAUCACGCCUUCUUUAUUUACCAUUUCGAAGUGUAAGAUAGUUCUCUAUAGUAUGAUGCCAUACAUUAUAAAGCCACGAGGGUCGGCCGAUUGUAACAAUCUAAAUUUAAACACGCUGGCCAAUUUAAUCAAACUCCAUUCAGCCUAUGUAGUUUAGGAGACGGAUGUUAUUUUAUUGCAGCUAUAUUCAAACUCCAUUCAACAGGCAUAAUGUGAGCCCGUAGGAGCUUUUGGGAUAUAUCCCGUUCGGCUCCAGGGCUUAUUUAAUU